UGAUUGACUGGACAAAGGUGAAAAAUUGUAUCUUUAUGCUGAGUGCGGUCUUCUUUGGAGUUUUGAGAUUAUUAUUAUUAUUAUUAUGUGUUGACUCUUGACAAAGUUGAGCUCUCUCAUAUUCAAAAGAAAAUCUUCCACGCCUGCUUCUACAAACAUAAUUAUCAUAUAUUCAUAUGAUUAUUGUUUCCGAGGUUCGUCAAAAAGGUGUAAAGAUUGCAGCUUUAAUUAAUGUUUUGGUUUUCAAGACUUAAUAAUUGCGAAUAUGAGUAUGUUUUCCCAGUCUUGACGAGAAAGAAUCGGGUCUUAUUUCUCCUUGUGUAGAAUUGGGAAAAGUAUUCGCUUUUGCUGGGAAUUUGAUGAGGUUUUUGAAAGUGGACUUCAGUUUUUUGCUGCUGGAACUGUAAAGAAACAAUUGGAACUAUACAGAAUUUUGAAUUUUCAUCUUAAUCAGAGAGGGGUUCUUUGUUACUCUCCUCUAGUAGAAGUUCCUUAUGGGGAGUGAUGCUGCUUCAAUUGCUGGGAUACCAUCUCCUCGUGACAUUAAGGUGCAUCGUCUAAUGUGCAUGGAACUAAUUAAAUUUGUAGCUGGAGUUUUAAUGUUACUUCCAGCAAUUGAAGAAGCCCGUCCUGGAUCCAAUCCUGGAAUACAGGUACUUUGCCAGAUAAACAGAGCACUUGACAAAGCCAAGGACAUUCUUCAGCAUUGUAGUGAAUCCAGUAAACUAUACCUGGCACUAACUGGAAAUGUUAUACUUUCAAGAUGCAACAAAUCAAAAAAAUUGCUUGAGCAAAGCUUGAGCUGUGUGCAGAAUAUGGUUCCUGUGAUGUUGGCUACACAGAUAUCGCAACUGGUUGCUGACCUGGGAGCUGGAAUAUUCAGCUUGGACCCAUCUGAAGAGGAGGCAAGGAAAGUAUUGAGCAAGCUACUUCAUCAGUAUACGUCUACAACACAUUCAGGGGAAGGACACGUCUUUGAGGCUAUUCAAAUUGCUAUGGAGAAACUGCGUAUCACAUCUCCAAAAGAUCUUUUGAUAGAGAAAAGAUCCAUCAAAAAACAGCUGGAGAAAAUUGGGGAGGGUGAUCCACCAAAAAGGAAAAUCUUACUGUUCUUUCUGAGUCUUCUCAACAAAAAUGGCAAAUCUAUUGUGGCAGAGCACACAGAGAAUGGAUCUCUGCAGCAUGAAGACUCUCUUGAAUUUGAAGUGGAAUCUCGUCUGAAAUGUAAUUAUAAUGAUGCUCAAAGAGAUAUCUUCAACGGCUCUCGACUUCCGGAUGAGUUCAAAUGUCCUUUAUCAUCAAGACUAAUGUAUGAUCCCGUUGUCAUUGCUUCUGGACAAACAUAUGAAAGAUUUUGGAUUGAAAAAUGGUUUGCUCAAGGUAAUGAUACAUGUCCAAAAACCAAAAGGAAAUUGGUUCAUUUGUCUUCAACCCCAAAUAACUCAAUGAAGGACCUUAUAUCAAGGUGGACUGCAGCACAUGGGGUCAGCGUUGUUGAUCCCAGUGUACAAGCAGCAGUAGGUCACUCAUGGGAAUCAUCUUCCACUUCAAUUGCUAGCUUGAGCAGUUCAAUGAUGGAUCUAUCUAUAAAUAUAGACUUCAGCAAUUUAUCAAUGGGAACUUCAGAUGCUAGUUUUGUAUCACAUACUUCGCAUUCUAAGAUUUCAAAUGACUUUCAUAAAGGUCAAUCUCGUGAAAGCAUACAUGAAAUGGAACUGGAGCGUUUAACAAGGCUCAGUUCACUCUCUUGGGAGUCUCAAUGCAACUUGGUUGGAAACAUCAGAAACAUGUUGACACAAAACGAUGAAGCUAGCAAUUGGAUGUCAUCGGACAAUUUUAUUCAAAAACUUUUCAGAUUCUUGAAAGAUGCGCAUAAAUGUGAUGAUCAGGAUGCUCAAUUAUUGGGAUGUCAGUCAUUAUUAGCAGUUCUAGAUGAAUGCGGAAGCAGUUUGCCAUACUUGAAUGAUGAUGCAUUUGCUCUUUUGACUUCAUUGCUUGGUUCGGAGGUUUCUAAAGAAGCUAUUGCUAUAAUCGAAGUGUUGUCCCGCCACCAAAACUGUCACCAUAAAAUUACCAUGUCUGGUGCACUACCUAUUCUCCUGGAGAUUCUUGAUGCCCACAGUAGAGAAUUGCAGGAAUCAGCCAUCAAAAUAUUAUGUAACAUGUCAGGAAGUAGCAAAAUUGGUUCCUUGAUUGCACCUUCAGAGUUGGUCCCAAAAUUGGUUCCUUUUCUUGAAGAUACAGCACUCGCAAGAAAUUGUGUUAUCAUUUUGCAUAGUUUGUGCAACAAAGAAGAUGCUAGAAUUGCUAUAGCUGAAACUGAUGGAUGCAUUGCAGCAGUUGUGAAACUGCUUGAGCGUGAGAGUCGCAAGGACCAGGAACAUGCUGUGGAUUUUCUUCUUUCUUUAUGCCUUCAACGGGUUCAAUAUUGUCAACUGGUAAUGGAUGAAGGUGUCAUCCCUGAACUCGUCUCUGUAUCUAUUAAUGGAAACAACAAAGCAAAGGCAAUGGCUUUGGAGUUGCUGAGACUGCUGAAGGGGGAAUUUAGUGAUACUGUAGAAUCUUACGAACCGGAAAUCGACAUUCCUAAACCCCCUACCUCUGACUUUACUCAACAGAAAUCUCAUUCCGAAGGAACAGGAAUUUUUGGGAAAUUUUUCUCAAAACGUAGUUCGACUACUGCCAAAAGGAUAAAUAGAAAGUGAUGCGGUUUGAAGAUUUUUGUAUGAUAGGAUGUGUAUAAUUUCACAGGUUAAUCUAGUUUUUGUUAGGGAGAGGCAUAGACAGUAAGCAUUUAUAUUGUUAUAGCUGCUUGAGAGUUGGGAUAGAAGGUGUAAUUAUUGUUGUUGUAUCUAGUUUUUGUUUGUAUUUAAUUGAUUUCACUGGACAACAUAUUCAGGUGUAUAGUGUAUUUUGUAUGUACAAAUAUGAUAAAUUUUCAAAGAGAUGGUCAUUUUUUGAUUAAAAAGUUGAGAGUUGAUGAA